AUGUCAGGGAAACGGAAGCGUGUUGUGUUAACUAUUAAAGAUAAGCUUGAUAUAAUAAAGAAACUUGAAGAUGGAGGUUCUUCCAAACAACUGGCAGUGAUUUAUGGAAUUGGCGAGACAACAGUUCGGGAUAUAAGAAAAAAUAAGGAAAAGAUUAUAACUUACGCAAGCAGUUCUGAUUCCACAAGUCUUCUGGCCAAGAGGAAAUCUAUGAAGCCAUCCAUGUAUGAGGAACUGGACAGAGCAAUGCUGGAAUGGUUCAACCAGCAAAGAGCAAAAGGGAAUCCCGUGUCUGGACCAAUUUGUGCAAAAAGGGCAGAAUUCUUCUUUUAUGCUUUGGGAAUGGAUGGUGAUUUUAACCCCUCUGCUGGUUGGUUAACUCGUUUUAAGCAGCGGCACAGCAUUAGAGAGAUUAAUAUUAGAAACGAAAGAUUAAGUGGAGAUGAGACAGCUGUGGAAGAUUUUUGCAACAACUUUCGAGACUUUAUUGAAAGAGAGAAUUUGCAACCGGAACAGAUCUACAAUGCAGAUGAAACUGGACUGUUUUGGAAAUGCUUGCCUUCCAGGACUUCAGUAAUCAAAGGUAAAUGCACAGCCCCUGGGCACAAGUCAAUUGAAGAAAGAGUCACUAUCAUGUGUUGUGCCAAUGCAACAGGUUUACACAAACUUAAGCUUUGUGUGGUGGGGAAAGCAAAGAAACCUCGCUCCUUCAAGUCAACUGACACCUCAAACCUGCCAGUCUCUUAUUUCAGCCAAAAAGGUGCAUGGAUGGAUCUUUCCAUUUUCCGACAAUGGUUUGAUAAGAUCUUUGUGCCACAAGUUCGCGAGCACUUAAGAUCCAAAGGCUUGCAAGAAAAGGCUGUGCUCUUGUUGGAUAAUUCACCAACACAUCCAAAUGAAAAUGUCCUGAGGUCAGAUGAUGGCCAAAUAUUUGCUAAAUAUUUACCACCUAAUGUGGCUUCGUUGAUUCAGCCCUCAAAUCAGGGAGUCAUAGUUACAAUGAAGAGAAACUAUCGUGCAGGUCUUCUCCAGAACAACUUGGAAGAAGGCAAUGACCUGAGAUCAUUCUGGAAGAAACUAACUCUGCUAGAUGCACUUUAUGAAAUAGCAAUGGCAUGGAAUUUAGUAAAGCCAGUUACCAUUAGCAGAGCAUGGAAGAAGAUUCUGCCUACCAUAGAGGAAAAAGAAAGCCUGGACUUUGAUGAAGAAGAUAUCUCAGUGGCUGCUGUGGCUACCAUUUUACAACACACCAAAGGAUUGGAAAAUGUGACUCCUGAGAACGUUGAAAAAUGGCUUGAAGUGGACAGUACUGAACCAGGCUAUGAAGUCUUAACUGACAGUGAAAUCAUCAGAAGAGCACAAGGCCAGACAGACGAAUCCAGUGAAAAUGAGGAGGAGGAAAUAGAACUGAUUCCAGAGAAACAUAUUAAUCAUUCAGCUGCUCUCCAAUGGACUGAAAAUUUAUUGGAUUAUCUAGAACAACAAGGUGAUAUGAUUCUGCCUGAUAGACUGGUGAUACGUAAACUUCGAGCCACCAUCAGAAAUAAACAGAAGAUGACAAAGUCAAGUUAG